GUCAAGAUGGCGUCCUACUCGGUCACUGUUUCGGUCGGGGGAACCAGCAUAAAUAAGUAUCCUGGGAAACAGCACGCCCGCAGAGUAGCCGCCUACCUGCCGAAGCAGCAGGGCCUCAUUUAUCUACCGGGCCAGCAGACUGUGCUGUCUGAAGACUCAGACCAGGCCAGGCCAUUCAAACAGCGCCGCUAUUUCUUCUACGUGACCGGCGUCGUGGAGCCGGAUUGCCAUGUUACAUAUGACAUCGCAGAGGAUAAGUUGACGUUAUACGUGCCGGAUUUUGACUUCAAGCGGACUAUCUGGACAGGACCUACGCUUGGAAAAGACGAGGCUAGCCAGAGGUGUGUAUAUCAUGCGCUUCAUAAACCUCCAACGGGGAUAUUGACCUGAGUGCAGGUAUGACGUUGACCAAGUGGAAUACUUCUCUGCGCUAGAAGGCAAUGUUCUGCGAUGGUCUCAAGCGAACCCAUCGCUGCCCAUAUAUAUACUACACCCAGACCAGCGGCCGGUGACUCCGCUGACGGUGGCGUAUCUCUAUGAGUCAAAGUCACUGAAGCACGCAAUGGAUGCGUGUCGAGUGAUCAAAGACGAGCAUGAAAUCCAAUUGAUCCAGCGAGCGAACCGUAUCUCUGGGGCUGCUCAUCGGAGCAUUCUAGCUAAUCUGCGUCAUUUCAAGAACGAGGCGCAGAUAGCCGGUCUCUUCAUUGAUGUCUGUCUGUCCCUGCGCUCGAAGGGGACGGCAUACCAGACAAUAGCAGGCUCGGGAUCUAAUGGUGCCACACUGCAUUACACCCGCAACAAUGAACCUCUAGCCGGCCGACAGAUGGUUGUACUUGAUGCCGGUGCUGAAUGGAGUUGCUAUGCAAGCGACGUGACACGAUCGUUUCCUAUCCCUUCAAGCGUAAUCGGGGGGGAAGACUGGCCAAGUCGUGAGGCUGAACAAAUCUACGCCAUUGUGCAGCGCAUGCAAGAAGAAUGCAUCAGCAGAGUAAAAGAGGGAGCUUUGUUCUUCUCGAUCCAUCAGCGAGCUCAUGCUAUCGCACUGGAGGAAUUACUCAAGCUAGGAAUACUGCGUAUCCCGCGGGGUUCAACCAAGGCCGAUCUGAUCAAGGCAGAAGUCACAGCUCUCUUCUUUCCGCAUGGUCUAGGCCACCAUCUUGGCUUGGAAGUGCAUGACGUCUCACCUGAUAGCGGCACCAUACCCGUCGAACUUGCCAUAGAACGGGAGAAAGGACUAAUGAGUGUCACGGAACAUCGACCGCCAUGCACGCUCUCUGCACCACCAUUGGCCUCCGGAAUGGUCAUCACCGUGGAGCCAGGGCUGUACUUUAACCGACUGGCCAUCGACCAGGCACGAGCUGAGCGAGACGAGCCCAACUCGAAAGGCAGGUUUGUCAAUUUUGAUGUAGUGGAGCGGUAUGUGGAUGUUGGAGGCGUGCGUAUCGAGGAUGAUGUACUUGUUACAAAGGAUGGUAACAGGAAUCUCACCGAUGCACCUAAGGGGAAGGAAAUGCUUGAUUUGAUCUAUGGCAGGUAAGUAAGCUUGGUAUAAUUUGUGUAGACGUUUAAGUGGUGGUUAGAGGCUUCAAUAGCUCAACAUGCAUACACCUACCUACAUAGACUAGUUUCCUUCAUAUCAGAAUGACACUAUGACUAAACACAGGCACGAUCUUGCAUGAAUUUUUUACCCCCUAACUACUUAUCAAAGCCAUGUCCUUGUUCCACAAAUUUUAAAACUACUCACACACCCUUUAGAUCUGUUAGAGGCACUGUGAUCAGUGCAAGGCAGCCCCAUUAAUUGCUCAUCUAAAUCCGA